UGACAAGAGACGUGCAUGUGUGGAGGCGGAGUCAGAAGAGGUAGAAGUGGUCCACCCGAGGAGACUUCACACUUAACAAUACCUCAUGUCGUUCAACGUCGUCAUUACUUUCCAGAGACGACGUGGUUUUCCAAGUCCUCCUCUGCAUUUUCUGUGGAAGAUCAUCAUGGCCCAGCACAGGAGCUCCUGCAGAAGGGCGUUUGGAAGGGGGGCCAACGAGUGUUCAAGUGUGUGAUGUCCGUAGUGGACGCUCAGCCCUUCAUCAAACCAAUGCAGUCACCUCCCUCAGUGUCACCUGGCAUCCAGAGGAGACACACACUUCCUGCGAGUGAGGUCAGACCCCUCAACACACAGGAUGCCAUCAGCGUGUUUGAGAUCGAGCGAGAAGCCUUCAUCUCAGUGUCAGGCGAGUGUCCCCUCCACCUGGAUGAAGUGCGCCACUUCCUCACUCUGUGUCCAGAACUUUCAAUGGGUUGGUUUGAGGAGGGCCGGCUGGUGGCUUUCAUCAUCGGCUCCCUGUGGGACGGCGACCGCCUCACCACUGAGGCCCUGACCCUCCACAAGCCCCGCGGCUCCACGGUCCACAUCCACGUGCUGGCGGUCCAUUGCACCUUCAGGCAGCAGGGCAAAGGUCCCAUCCUGAUGUGGCGCUACCUGCAGUACCUGCGCUGCCUGCCCAAUGUGCGGCGAGCCGUGCUCAUGUGCGAGGACUUCCUGGUGCCCUUCUACCGCAAGUCGGGCUUCAAGGUGCUGGGCCGCUGCGCCAUCACCGUGGGCAGCCUGACCUUCAAGGAGAUGUGGUACCCUAUCAGCGGCCAUGCCUACAUGAGACGUAACAGCGAGGCCAUCCGCUUCCCCAACACCCCUUUGACUGUACCGCUGGCCAAGACUGAUGAAAACAUGGACGUAUGAUGUCAUCAGAUGAUAUGAUACUGAUUGAUUUCUGUUUAACAGGAGCAUUGUAGCCCUUUCACGCAGUAUUUGUCGUUGUCUUUCUGUAAUCGCGCACUUAUCAACUGUACGAAAUAAAACACGAGAUCAGGGUGUCGUUCUUCAUUAGGUACACUUUCCCACUCAUAGUUGGGUUUCCAAAGUGGGGCCUGGGGUCCAUUUGCUGCCCACAGCUUGUUUUUUUUAAUUGGCCUGCGGCACAUUCUAAAAAUGCAAGUAUACAAGAAAACAGCAGCAAAAAAUUGAAAAACGAGUGAAAAAAGUAAAUGUAGCAAGAAAAUGUUGAAAAUGUUGAUACUCGUCACACUAAUAAUGUUUUUUCGUAGCAUAUCUACGUUGGGUUGGUUUUUAGCCUGUUAAUAUAUUUGAAAAUAUCAAAAACGACCCACACGUCCUUUUAAUUUUUAGGUAGCUAGUUUAUAGAUAGAUAUUCUGGUAUUAGUUCAAGGGAAAGUGUACAUCAUGUUCUCUCAGUAGACUAUUGUAUUAUCAGUUAUGAGUAAGUGAAGCAGCACUGAUGGAGUGUUUCAUUUGUGCGAGCCAUAAGCCGUCUUGUGCGUCAGUGAGCAGGCUUUAGCCUCUCAAUCACAGCUCCUUAGCACUUGGAGGAUUUACAAGAAGAUCUGUCCCCACUAGAUCACUAAAUAAUUAAAGCAGUACCUACAGUAUGUUCUAGUUUUCACAUUGGAGUUUAUUCAUGCUAUUUGGUUGCCCUUGUUGUUGUGUCACAACUCCAAUAAAAUGUACUCUUUUGGAGAUGAGAAUGACGCA